CAAAGUGUUGGUCAGUGAUGGAGUUGCUGCCAUGACAACCCCUGGAAGACAGCGCUGGAGGGAGAGGGGGACCAGGAGGAGAUGCUCCGCGAAAGGAGGCAGAGCGGGGCUGGGAUUCUGAAAGUCGGAGCAGCCGCAGACCCCGGCGUGCCUCUGCUGCCAGCCGCCCUUUGCUGAACAGAGCCACAGACAGCCACACACAGACCCUGCUGGCUUCCCCCUGAAACUGACGUCCUCUGGCAUCGUGGCUUUCUCUUCUCCUCUGGCUGCUCCCGUGACUCUGCUUUGCAGACUGGGAGUUUGGAAACUCUUGGCCGGGGAGCCCCAGUUUGCACUGGGGAGCGCCAGGCAAGUCCGACCACGCCGGAGCUCUUCUGCUGCUGCUGCUGCUCCUCCUCCUCCUGCUUCUCUGGCCAAGUGUGAGGCAUGGACUGCUAACCGGGAGCCUGGCUCUGGAGGCGUCCAGCAUCUCUGCUUCUUCCCCAAGACAUCCUGGAGAUUCCCUCUGGAUCCCACUUGGGGAGCGUGGAUAUCGAAGGCUGGAUUGCUAAGGGCUCUGCCGACCUCUAGGAAGAGCUGGGGGGUCUCCCUGCAUCGCCCCCUUCCUCCUGGUUGCUUCCCCCCUCCCUUUGUGUUUGCUCACACCAUCAGGUGUCUAGAAAUCUCUCUCUCUUUUCUGGUGGUGGUUUUGCCUGGCGGAAAGUUGGUGCAGCCCAGGAUGGGGGUCGGCGGGUGCUUAGUCCUGCCCUGGAGAUGCCUGGUGGUCCUGUGUCUCAGGCUGCUCUUCCUUGUGCCCGCAGGAGUGCCCGUGCGCAGCGGAGAUGCCACCUUCCCCAAGGCGAUGGAUAACGUGACCGUCAGGCAAGGGGAGAGCGCCAUCCUCAGGUGCCUCGUGGACAACCGGGUGACCCGCGUGGCCUGGCUGAACCGCAGCAGCAUCCUUUUUGCGGGCAACGACAAGUGGUGUUUGGACUCCCGAGUGGAGCUGGUCACCAACACCCAGACCCAGUACGUCAUCCAGAUCAAGGAUGUGGACGUGUAUGACGAGGGGCCCUACACCUGCUCCGUGCAAACAGACAAUCACCCCAAAACGUUGCGGGUCCAUCUUAUCGUGCAAGUUCCUCCGAAAAUUGUUGAGAUCUCUUCAGACAUCUCCAUCAACGAAGGUGGCAACAUCAGCCUCACCUGCAUAGCUACAGGCCGGCCAGACCCCAUGAUUACUUGGAGACACAUUUUGCCCAAAGCUGGGGGAUUCUUGAGUGAAGACGAAUACCUGGAGAUCACUGGCAUUACCCGGGAGCAGUCAGGAGAAUACGAGUGCAGCGCCUCCAAUGAUGUGUCACCUCCCGUUGUGCGAAGAGUCAACGUCACUGUGAACUAUGCACCAUACAUCUCAGGAGCCAAAAGUCAUGGGGUUCCAGUGGGACAGAAGGGAACCCUCCAAUGUGAUGCCUCCGCAGUUCCAUCAGCUCAGUUCCAGUGGUACAAAGAUGAUAAAAGGCUUAUCGAAGGCCAGAAAGGUUUGAAAGUGGAAAACAAAGCUUUCUUCUCCCGCCUGACUUUCUUCAACGUUUCAGAACAAGACUACGGGAAUUACACCUGCGUUGCCUACAACCAGUUAGGGAACACUAAUGCCAGCAUCAUUCUGUACGAAAUAAGUGAGCCCACAAGCUCAACCUUGUUCCAAGAAACCACUGCACUCCAGACAACUUUGCAAGGACCUGGAGCAGUGCAUGAUGGGAAUAGUAGUGGAUCCAGAAGAGUUGGCUGCAUCUGGCUGCUUUCCGUCCUUCUGUUUCACCUGCUUCCCAAGUUUUGACCCUGUCAACUAUGGUGAAAGGAAGAAGAAAGAAAAACAAAGAAUGAAUGAUUGAAAGAAAGAAAGAAAGAAAGAAAGAAAAAGAAGAAUAUUAAAAUUUUAAAAAAUAAUCACAAUAGUAAAGAGAGUAUAUUAUGAAGAAAUCUGGGAGGGAAAGAAAGGGAGUUUGAAACACAAGAAGAAUCUAAAUUGUCCUGCUGAUGUUUGAAUACGACUGAAUGUUUUUUUUUCUCUCAUUAUUUUUUUCCUUCCAUUUUUUUCCUGCUAUGGACAUGUAUGCAGCUGAUGGGGACUAACCAGUGCAUUUGGCUUAGUGCCUAUUCUUGUCCUCAUCCUGCUCAGGCAGAUGGUUCAUCAGUCUCUCUCUCUCUCUCUCUCUCUCUCUCUCUCUCUCUCUCUCUCUCUCUCUCUGUGCUCGGUUCUCCUAUAUGGAGGAUUACAAAGCUGCCCCAUGUGCAAGAAUUCAUGGCUUUUUUUUCCAAUUUACCCUCCUCUUCACGGAUUAUACCUUCAUUUGUCUGAUUGCAAACUAUUGCAGCAACCACCACAGACCACAACUGAUUCAACAGAACAACCACAAGCAGCCACAAGGAACAACAACAACAACACGCAGUUACCCAGUUGUUAAGACAUUGACUCAUUGUACUACAUGGAUAUCACGGAUAUUAAGGGAUUCUGAUUCAUUAUUAAUUUUAUUAAUUAUAUUUUCUGAUAUGAGCCUAGAACUUUGUUAGUUCAUAAAAAAACAACAAAAAAGAACAAAAAACAAACAAAAAAGGGAGGGAGAGAAGUUUAUUAAGCAUUACAAACAAAUCGAGUAGCGGGCUUCUUAAACUAGGUUUACAAGAGGUGGAAGGUCAACUUGUCUCCGGUUGUCUGUGUGGUCCGUCUGGAUGAGAGUUGACAAAUCCAGCAGACGAAAAACAAAAC